AUGAAUUCCACCGAUACCGCAGCGCGCCGCUGCCUUCUUAUUAGCGAGAUAUUCCGGAUCAUCCUUGACUUUCUCUCGUAUACAGACGCUAAGACUCUGGCGGUGCUUGCGAGGACCUGCAAGAUUAUGCACGAAGCAAUCGUGCCUACGCUCUGGAGCUAUCAAGACGGCCUCGAUGCGCUCCUGCGACUUCUUCCUUCUGACUCAUGGUCUGAGGUCCUUGACGAGCAUCGAAACACCAGCUUCCGCAUCACCAAACCCGACAGAAUCGAAUGGACGCGGUUCGACCACUAUGCCGGACACGUGCGAGACUUCGUUUGGCCGAGCGACGUCAAGGAGCUCUCACCUUCUACCCUGGCUGUGCUUUCCAACCGCUGCGCCGAUGGCCGACCGCUUUUCCCGCAAAUCCGCUCACUCAUACUCAAAGGUCCUACCGCAGCCCAGGGCUUUUCAUACGCCAACCUCUUCCUCGCACCGACUCUCAGCCAACUGGUGCUGUCGGUGCACUUCGACCGGCCUGACACGAUGUGUCAGGCAUUCAAGCACGUAGGCGCAACAUGUAAAAACCUGAUGAUUCUACAACUCAGGGGGGUGACAGCCGAGGACGACCUUAGCUCCGAUACAGAGGGUCCGACGACGCAGAAGCUUGCAGACGACGUCAAUGGCGCCCUCGCAGAGCUCCUCCGUGCUCUUCCGAAGCUCGGGAUCUAUUUCACAGAACGGCUUUUCACGUCCGCCAGCUGUAUGGAGGCUUUAGCCACGCUUCCUAGACUCUCCCUGGUGCACUUUGAUGUCCUACCGGAGGAGAUGGACACAAUAGCGGCGUCCGCGGCGUGCCGCCAGCGCGGUGGCCAAUGGUUCAACGCGCUUGCCGAGAUGCGGCUCAGCGUGGACCGACUGGAUGAGAGCACAGCGGCUUUCUUCGACGCCUUGCGGGGCGAACGCAUGCGGCAGCUGGAGAUCCGAUCUUUUAUCCAACCCGACUCUCCCAUGCUCAAGAAGCACUUCGAACUGGUUGCGCGACCCACCCUGACGAACCUCAAAGUGAUAUUCGACGACUCACCCACCGGCAACCGCGGCCCCGCAGCAUUCGACGCCAGGCAGGCGCUCCAACCCCUCUAUGCCAUCUCCGGUCUCUCUCACCUCGAGAUCCGAUGCCCCGUGCUGGAUGUGAGCGCACGCGCAGUCCGGGACAUUGCCAACGCGUGGCCAGGAAUCCAGACCCUUGCGCUCUAUAGCUAUGGCCUGCCACACCCCGGGGUUGAUAAGCCAUCACUCACCCUCGAAGACCUCGUUCCGCUCGCGGUCAACUGCCCGAGCCUGGAUGAACUGGUGAUCCCCCUGAACGCGGAGAAGAUACCGGACGAGGCUGCGCUUAAACGGCUGCUGCCUGAGCCGUCGCAGUGUGCGUUGUGGGAGUUCACCGCAGUCCACGCGCCGAUUGAAGACCCCGGCCAGGUGGCGGGCGUGUUGGCGCGUUUGUUCCCAGAGCUGCGCGCAGUGAACUAUCACUACGCAGACGAGCCGCUCCCAUUCGAGCCCGAGCUGGGAACGUUUGAGUGCAAAUGGGAGGAGGUCGAUGAGUUGCUUCAAGGCCAGCCUGUUGAGUCCGAUUCUGACGAGGAAAACGAGUAG